CCGGCGUCCGCGGCAAAGUGUCCCCGCUAACUCCCCUCCUCCUCAAUCCCGGCUUGGUCGCCUGGAGACUCGUUCUGUUCUGAUAAAUUGCAUUUUGAGUUCUGCCUUUCUGCAAAUGGCCUUUUGAGACUGGCUCUGGGCGGAUGCGGUGAAGUUGGGGAUCUAGAUUGCCCCAUCUCUCCCUAGUCUUGCAAAUUCCCGGUUUUCUCCCCUCUUCCUGGGCUCCGGGUUCCAAAGGAACAAGCGUGAGAAGGCAAAGCUACAGCGGGGAACUGCGGGGUUUGUACACUUCUAGGAUGCAGAUGAGGGUAAUUAGCAACUUCUGUCCUCAUCUGUGGCCAAGGUGGAUAUUGCUCCUUAUGUGCUAAUUGUUCCUGAAUCUGCAUUUCAGAGGCAUCUCAAGUGUGAACAGAAGUUGGUGACACGGCAAAGCAGUACCUACAAAAAGGUCUUUUGGUUCCAGAUCAUGUGAUCACACGACUAAUGGUGUCAGAACUGGAGACCCGGAGCACACAGCACUGGCUACUAGAUGGCUUCCCGAGGACAUUAGUACAGGCAGAAGCCUUGGACAGAAUCUGUGAUGUGGACCUAGUGAUCAGUUUGAAUAUUCCCUUUGAGACACUUAAAGACCGUCUGAGCCGACGAUGGAUUCACCCUUCUAGCGGGAGGGUCUAUAAUCUGGACUUCAACCCACCUCAAGUACUGGGGGUUGAUGACAUUACUGGUGAGCCACUUGUCCAACAGGAAGAUGAUAAACCUGAAGCAGUUGCUGCCAAGCUACGGCAGUACAAGGAUGCAGCAAAACCAGUCAUCGAACUAUACAAGAGCCGAGGGGUGCUCCACCAGUUCUCUGGGACGGAGACUAACAAAAUAUGGCCUUAUGUUUACACACUUUUCUCAAACAAGAUCACACCUAUUCGAUCCCAAGAAGCAUACUGAGCCUGCCAUCGGAAGAACCAAGAAGACAUUGUCGUUCACUCAAUCAUGCGUUUCGUCCUGGUGCCCUGGCCAAAUUAGAAGCUAGCUGAGAUAGCUUGCAGCAUCUUUACUAGUUUAAGUGAUGAAGUAAUGAGGAAAAUCUAGUGGGUAGAAAGAAUUCACGAAGAAGAAAUGCUCCUCCUGCCUUUGAAAAGAAGCUGUAGCUCUCCCGGUGGGAGAGCAAGUCCAGACUGGAUGUCCACCAGCGUUGAGCCUACACUCUCAUGGGUUGACAGCCAUAUGCUGCUAUCCUAUCCUUUUUGCAUGCAAAGGUGGUGUAAUCCCUGGUUCAUGCCACCUUCCACAGGCUGUUGAACCACAGCACUGUGAUUGUAAGAACUUGAAGGGCUGUGGUUCCAGCUUGCCCCCUGCCAUAUCCUCUUGAUGAUAAUUGAAUUGAUGCUAAUUGCACUCAGCGACUGUUUCUCCCUCCCGUCUUAGACAUCCUAGUUUCUGCUGACUGUGUCUUCUCUCAUCUGCUUGCUCCCUUCAUAUGCUACUCAGUAACACGCUAGUUUCUGCAUUUUUCCCUCUAACUUCCUUCUACAAGCUGAGAACCAGGGGAACUGGAUUCAGUCCCUUCGUACUGGGAACUGAGCCAGGCUGCUCUGCCUGUCUUGAACCCACUCUGUACCUUUCAUUGUUUAAAAAAGAUUCCCCGAAGUCUCUGGGAGUUCUCAAAAGAAAUGUUGGAUGAUCACAUCUUCUGCAUAGAAGUAAUUAUAUGGAAAUCACUGGACCAAUGAGAUGGGUUAGGCUUCUUUACUCAAGGCAAGAUGAGUAUUGAACUUGCUGCUAAAUAUUAAUGCUGACAGUGUUGUCCUUCUGUGAGUGAUCCAAGCCAGAUGGUAUGAAGUCAGUAAAGGGAACAAGCCUGUGGGCUUGGAGCAUCUUGCACUAGAUGUACAUUGCACCUGCACUGAGUAAGACAGCUUUACCAUCGUGGGAACUCAGAAUCUUGUUGUUUUCUUCCUAUUCCAAAGAUGCAGUCUAUAGGUGGCCACAAAGUCCAGAAAUGAAGAUGCUAAUAUUUUGUCAAUCAUCACAUGUCAAUAAAGCAUUUGUUAAAAGACUUCCUUGGUUUCCAGACUUGUUGGCCACCUUGUAUAAUUCUUACUCUUCUCUGGAAGAAUGGUGAGAUUUCUUCCCGCUGCCUUAAAAAGGUGUCCUGCACCCACCUGUCCCCAGGGAGUGUCCUUUAUUACUGGUGGUUUAGUGUGAUUACUCAUAGUCUGUGUGGGGGCGGAAUGUGGGGCAGACUUAGCACUUUAGUGGUAUUGGAACAUGUUAUCACAUUCUGAAGGUGUCCUGUGAAUCCCCAGUCCACUCACUGCCAUAUAUUCUGUGUGCUAAUGAGUCUGUCUUCCUUAUUGUACUGCUCGGACUCUUGUGUGGUUCCUCUCAAUUGUCCUUCCACGUGCAUGUUCUUUGGCUGCCUUAGUGGAAAUGUAGAUCAGCUUCCCUCCUCAUACUCUCAAUAUAGAGAAAUCAGAUGGUUCACUUGGUAAGCUUCUGAAGUGUAGGUGCCUGAUGGGUCUGUGACCAUCCAGGCAUUGUCAUAUUGAUGCUAACUACUUUGGAAGCUUGUACUUGGUGUAGGGGCCAGGUCAAACAGAUAAAGCCCAGGCUUCCUGGGGAACACAGGUGUGGGGAACUGUAGAGUUUAGAGGAGGAUCACCCUGAGAUUAUUACCACAAAGCAACGGAAGUAGAGAAUUAAAGGAAUUUGGGGUAACUCGAGAGGGAGGGGGGAUAUCUUCCAACUUCUUUCUUCGCCUCUUGUAGAGACUGGGGAGAGCAAUGGGUGUGACCAGGUCUUUGCCUGCACACCCUGUUUCUCCACCUUUUUCUCUGCAUUUCAAGUUCCAUAGGCUAUGGUAGCUAGCACUGGGACAAAGGGCCAGGAGUGUCUGCCUGCUGUUGAGACCAGCAAGGGGCAAAAGACAUCUUUUCCAAGGUCUUUGCUGAUUUUCACGUCCAUUGGCCUAAAAAACAUCUGGUUUUCUGCACCAGACUCAGCUGCUCCCUUUUUAAUGAUUUUGUAGAAAGAGUGUAAAUACUGAAAAUAUCUUGACAAAGGUGAAAGAGCGUCUUUUCCUUCCCAUGCCAUGCAUGCCUUCCCUUCAGAUGGAAGCUAAGAGUGUGGGUGAUUUCUGAGAAUCUAGUCUGACCUUAAUUCACAGGCUCCAUCCGGCUCUUAAGUUUGCUUUCCACAAUCCUUUGCUUAGAGCUUGAAAAACCCUGCACUUCAGUAUUAUGACAAAAAGGUGCUAUGAAGGCUUUCUGAGUGGAUUGUGCACUCUCUGGACCUCUGCAAGCAUCUUGGUGAAUCUUCCUCGCACCCCAUGAGGUAGACAAAACCAGUCUUUCCUAUUAAGCAAGGAGUACAGGUUAUGUAGUUUUGCCCAGGCUCUUGAUACAAGUAAACAGUGCAGCAAUGACUCAGGUUUUCCUGUAUCGGAAACCAUGGCCUUUAUUGGGUGUUAGCUGUCUGCUUGCCCUAAGCAACCCAGGGCCAUGAGCCUGCUUAGUUCUGCUUGUGGGCUCAGGAAGAGUGGCAGACAUCAUUGGAGACUUUACUUACUCUUUGUUUAAGCAAAGAAAGUUGCUAGAAGAGUCCUCUAAAUACAAGGCUUUUGAGGUAGGCUGGGUUUGGAUACAGAUGAUUGACCUCAAUUCUGGGUGUCAGGAAGCCAUGAAGCCAUAUGAAGAAAACCUGCAUUUAUUAAAACAUGAAAGUUAACCAUAAAUGCCAUCCCUUAUUUUUGGUGUGGCAAACUGCACAAUUCUUGCCAGAAUAAACGCCAUCACCUGGACCUUGGCGCUUCUUGGUGUGGCAUUCUGUAUGUGGUUGGGUAUGAAGGAAGACAGGCAAAGGUUCAUGUGUGACAUUCAUAUGGACUCUAUAGUGACAGGCAACUAUAGCAAGCACAGCAUCUUUAAUAAAAAAAAAGGUUCUUGUUUAAAACCUUUGGAAGGAUCAUCACCUCUCUGGGAUUAGGGAAAAGGGAAGGAAAUGGAAAGCUUGGUCUUUGUGUAAAGUGCAAGCAAUGUUAGGGCUCAAAGCUUUUCUAGUUUUAUGAGAAUUUGUACUACUGAGUUUAUUGAUUUUUUUUGUUUGUUUUUGAGAUGAAUAGAUCUAUGGGGGAGUAUGUUGAGCUAUGAUAGUGUUUCACUGUGAUCCCUCAAAGUUUAAGGCAGUCUUCUAACCCCGUGCCACCUGUCUUCAGUUCACUGACCUGUGAAAAAUGGUGGCUUACGUUUCCCAGGAGCCAACAGGUCAGCUUUUCUUCAGUGUGACAGUUGGUGUUCUUCUUGAUUUGGGCAUAUAUGCUUAAUUCAAAGUAUCUGAGUGUGUUCUGUAUAUGCUAUCCUAACUAUUCAUUGUAUUAAUUGAUUUUUUUGUUACCUUGCUUGAAGAUUGAUUUGUAUUCAAUUUGAUAGAAAUAAACGGUUUUCUGCUUAAUA